AUGGGUGGGUCAGCCUUCCUGUGGGUCAGCUCCCUCUCAGCUCCUCUUUCGAGGGGAGUCAAGGGGAGCACUUCCUCAGCGCCUCCACCGGGCCCCGAUCCGAGCUACCCAGCUCGACGGGAACCGGAAGGCCCCCGCCCGGGGACGGCACCCAGCGUCCCGAGCUACCCAGCUCGCUCUUGCCUUUUCGCACGCCCAGCGACCGUACCGUCUUCUUCCAACCAUGGCAGGGCAUUAUUGCAAAGAUAUUCCGGAGUCCAAGCUGCUCCCAAUCGGAUCUCCGGGGGGCACAAUAAUGCGUCCGUCAUGCGGCGAAGUCUACGCAUCGCCUCCCAGCGUGCCAAAGAACCAUCUCCAGCGACUACAACGAGGGACCCAAGGAGGGUGGUGCCCUCAAGGGUUCGUAGCAGCCCGCCGUGGGCCGGGAUACUGCCCUCCCGACGAGGGAAAGGUUCCAGCCUUCGCGCUGUCCAAGAAGACGCAGAGGACGAGGAAUUGACUGAGCAGCCAAGCCAGCCAUUGCCUGGAUCUUCGAAACCAUCAACCGUGAAAACUUCUUAUGGCGCGUUGGGCACUUUUGUUAUGUCCUCCCUAGGUAACUAG